AUGGAGCACCUUUCCCUCAACGAUCCUCCUGGCCAAGGAGGCGGAGCUCCUCCUCCAGGCCCGGGCUCUCAGGGACCUCCCACCCUGGGUCGAGCUCCUCCUCCGCCCCAGCAACUGCCUGUGCAGAUGUUUACCACCUCGGCAUCGCUUCUGGACCUGACUGACAAGAAGCUCAUGGUUGCGCUGCGCGACGGUCGGAAACUGUUGGGAAUUCUACGAAGCUGGGAUCAAUUUGCGAACUUGGUUCUGCAAUCGACUGUGGAGAGAAUCUUCGUAACACCCGACGCGGUUCCCGCGGACCACCCCAGCGCACAAGAAAAGCGAGGCAUAUACGCGGACUACCAGCGAGGAAUGUACCUCGUCCGAGGCGAGAAUGUGAUGCUCCUGGGCGAGAUUGACCUGGACAAGGACGACGACCCACCGCCUGGAUACGAUAAGGCCGAUCCCGACUUGGUCGAGAAACUUGCAAAGGAGAGGAAGGCAGAGGACAAGACAAAGGAUAAGAAGAAGCAGAAGAAUUUGUCUGCUCUCGGUUUUGAAGUCAUUCACGCGUACGACCUUAUUGGCCCUCAAGAAGGUCUUAUGGCGGCCGGCUCAUGA